GGUUUAAGGUCUGAUAAUAGAAUGAAUGAGAGAAGGUUUGAGGUUGCCUGGGUUCCAAGUAUCCCGGAUCAGUUUGUAACCUGGGGUUCAGAUCUCCGGCUCUACCAGGUGGUAGACGGGGAGCACUCCUCCAGGGGACUGGAGAAGGAACAGAUUGGAGUAGAUCGAUAUGCUGAGCUAGUGAACUGUGUAACUGAACCCCACUAUAUCAAGAGUGUAUCCAUUUGGAGAGGAGAGGGUGUUCGUCUGGCUGUUGGCCAGGCGACAGGACGUGUAUCUUUAAUCUCUCUCAGUGAUGAUCUGAAUCUUGAAUUUGCAUCAGAGAAAGAGUUUAAUCCUAAACAGUCCAGACCCUGCAGUGCGCUAGCUUGGCAUCCAACCCAGUAUACCCUCCUAGCCGCCGGGUAUGAGAAAGUUAGAACUGAGGACGGUAUUGUAGUGUGGGAUCUAUCCCAGAGCCAGCUCACCGAAAAACCUCUGCAUGAGACCGGACACGGAGAUCACUGCACGUCCCUCUCUUGGGCCCAUACUCAACCCCUCCUCGUGGCAGGACUUAAUACAAAAACUGUCAAAAUAUUCGACUCUAGAAACGGGAUGAAGACGGUUAACCAGACCCAGACCCGAGCUACCUACGGUCUAUCCGUGGACCCGGGUUCAGAUUACAGAAUAUCCGGAUACUCUGAGUCCUCAGUAGUUAUCUGGGAUACAAGGAACUUUGAGAAACCAAUUAUAACCUUAAACUCCCCUCAUCAGGUGACUAAAGUAUCUUGGUGUCCUUCAAGACCGGGGUUACUAGCAAGCAGUGUCAAGGAUUCAGGAAGUAUUCUUCUCCGCGAUAUAAUGAGCUGGGCGGUAAGCCAGGAGGACGGAGAAGCCUCCGUCACGGAGCGAACCAUCCAACCUCCGGGAUCCCAGAUCGGGAAUAUUGCAGACUUCGCCUGGCAUCCGAGUAGAGAGAACACCUUGCUUGCCAUGGGUACCCUGAGUAGGUUCACGGAGUGGACAGUUGCAGAUAGACUUACAUUAAACUUCUCCGCCAGACACUCCUUGAUUUGGUCCUCUGGUGCCUCCAACCUACUCCGUUUUGAGCCGACGGAGUUCAGCAACUCCGAGAGUAGAAGCUCCGAUGAACCUCGAAACUAUCUUGAAAUCUGUGAUAUUGGAUUAGUGAUGCAAUCUAGGGCCAAAGCAGGAUACUCAGGAGAUACAAAAUUGACGGAUUUGAGCAAUUUCAAACUUGGUUCAGAACUCGACACAGUCUGGACUUGGGUUCUACAGUCAGGUGGAAAUGCAUUUGCAGAUCUAAUCUCUCCAAAUACUAGAAAUGCAAAAUUUUUGGGAGUUAGAACCCUCCUCUACUCCUCCGCUGAAACCUCCCAGGCUAAAUUAUCAAACUGGACGGGAUUAGACUCCGCUAAACCUAUCCGAACCUACCAUUCUACUGAGAGGGAACUUAUACUCAAACUCUGCGGCUGGGACAAGAAGAAAAUGGGGAAGAAGAAUUUAAACGAGAUUUCGCGUAACGCGGCAAUUGCGGUUUUCAAUCUAGACAUGAAGGCGGCCAUUGAAAUUCUCAAGUCUGGAUGCACAGGAAGCAAGGGGGUUGAUAGCGGUUUGUCAAGUAAUCUUAGUAUGGUUUGUGUGGCUGUCUCUGGGUAUAGCUCAGAGGGCUCUAAACUUUGGAAAGAGGUUGUUGCAAACUCUCUUCCUCUACUUCCGGAUCCUGCGCUCAAAUCUCUAUUCUCCUUCUUAACCUCGGAGGAUGAAUCCUACUCCGAUGUCCUCUCCGGGAACAAUCUAUCCUUCCUUGACCGGGUUGCAUUUGCCUCUCGGUUUCUCUCCGACAAGCUACUCCUAGAGUACCUAGAAAAGGAGCGGAGUAAGCUGUUGUUGUCUGGAAGCCUGGAAGGAUUGAUCCUAUCCCGGACCCAUCAAGAGUCAAUUGAAGUACUCCAGGCGUAUGUUGACAGGAGCGGAGAUAUACAAACUGCCAGUUUAAUUUCAUUAAAGAUAUUGCCUCCGGAAAUUCUCCGAUCUGCCGGAGUCGUCAGUUGGAUUGAUAACUACAGACAAAUGUUGGAUCAGUGGAACAUGUUCGGAGUAAGGUCGGAGUUGGAUAUCUCUUUAUCCAGGUCUGAUCCGAGCUGGGAGACACAACUCCAGGGAUGGAUAUAG